AACUAACCCCAAUCCCCAGCUCACCAUGCCGUCCAGCUCCAAGGCCUAUGUUAAUGGCGACGAGAAGCAUUUGGUCUGUGUGACCGGAGCAGGAAGCUUCAUCGGGUCGUGGGUGGUGAAGGAGCUCCUGGACCGUGGCUACCAUGUCAGGGGAACCGCCAGGGAUCCCUCGGACCAGAAGAACGCCCACUUGCUUGCCCUGGAUGGAGCGGAGGAGAGGCUCACCCUGUGCCGCGCCGACGUCCUAGACUACGGCAGCCUCAGCGCCGCUUUCAGCGGUUGCCGCGGAGUCUUCCAUGUCGCCUCCUCAACCAACAACGACAAUGAUUCCAUGGUGGUUGCUGUGGAGGGGACGAAGAACGCGAUCAACGUUGCGGCGGACAUGGGCGUGCGGCGCAUGGUGUUCACCUCCUCCUACGGCGCCGUGCACAUGGACCCCAACCGGAGCCCCGACACGGUCGUCGACGAGACGUGCUGGAGCGACUACGACUUCUGCAAACGAACUGGCAAUCUGUAUUGUUGUGGGAAGAUGAUGGCGGAGAUCGCAGCGACGGAGGAGGCAGCCAAGAGGGGCCUGGAGCUGGUUGUGGUGGUGCCGGCCAUCACGAUUGGCCCCAUGCUCCACCAGACGCUCAACUACAGCAGCGACCACGUCGCCCGCUUCCUCACCGGCAAAAAGCGGGAGUACCAGAACGCCGUCACCGCCUACAUCGACGUCCGCGACGUCGCCCGCGCGCACGCCAUCGUCUAUAAGCUCCACGACGCGCGUGGUGGCGGCGGCGGCCACCGCUACCUCUGCCUCAGCGCCGUGCUGCACCGCGCCCAGUUCGUGCAGCUGCUCCGGGACCUCUUCCCGCACUACCCCGUCACCGCCAAGUACCAGGACGAAGGCGACGGCAAGCCGAUGGUGAAGCCGUACAAGUUCUCCAACCGGAUGCUCAAGGACCUGGGCAUGGAGUUCACUCCUAUGAGAGAAAGCUUGUACGACACGGUGGUGAUGCUGCAGCAAAAGGGUCACGUAACUGUGCCUGCACUUCCGAUGCCCAAGCGUGCCCGUCUGUAAACCAAGACAGACACUACCGGAUUGGCAUGCCGGAUCACAGAAACAACGCUAUUUUCUUAUGACUGGCUGCUAUAUGUACUUUACUGCAUUACACCAUUAGGCCGGUCUAGCAAAGUCAGAGCAGUUUACAUUAUGUUCUAAAUAAUCACCCAUUUCAUACAUAAUAAACAGUAAUAUUUCGUUUCAA